AUGCGACCGGCCGCGGGCUUGGCCAAGCGAAGCGAGGCGAGCGAGCCGUUUGGGAAGAAGAAGCUCGGGCGCAACGUCGAGAUGUUCAUUGCGCGCGAGGACCAGCUCCACAACGCAGUGCAGCACGUCAAGGCGUCCGACCACCUCAAAGGUCGCGCGGUCUGGGAAGACCGCCAGGGCAAGCGCGGCAUGAUCAACCAGCGCUCGCGCACCGACAAAAAGUACAUUGCGCAAAUGGAGCUGGCGAACCGCGAACUCUUGGCCGUGCGCUCCGAGCGGAUUCGCCACUACUACGCAAAGUGCUACAUGGAAUGGGAGCACGAGCUGAACGCCCGUGGUCUGGCCAUUGUUCGGGAGCGCGACUAA